AUGGUCAGCCUACCCUCAAAGUACGCUUCCCCUCUUCGGCACACCUGACCCCCCCGCUGUCCACACCCUCACAGUCGCACGAUGCCGAAGCCAAGGAAGCGUUCGCCCUGUUCGACAAACGAGGCGCGGGCUCGAUCCCUGCCUCCUCCCUCGGCGACGUCCUCCGCGCCCUGGGGCAGAACCCGACCCAGAAGCAUGUGACCGAACUCGCUGCUCAGGCGGGGAACAAAGAUAGUCAGUCUGCGCGCGUUGCAGCCAGCCCCUUGGCGCGACUGGACAGCCCUUGUCCUCGUGCCCGGCCGCGACUGACUCAACCAACCUCCCUCGCGCGCCUACGCUUACGCUUACGCCGAACGCUCCGUCGGUGUACAUCCCUCAGUCGACUAUCAAACGUUCGUCAGCAUCCUCGACCGACCGGGAGGAUACGAUCCCGCCGGAACAGAAGGUGAAUAGUCGGUCCACACCCGCAUUGAUACCUCCGAGCAAACAACCCGACGACCCGUGCACGUUUCUCCCCCUCCUCCUCCUCGUCUCUCGAGUCGGGCCCGAGGUACCCCCAUGCAUCCGGAACAGCUCCGAGUUCAUUCUGGGUGGACCUCUGUAUCUCGGAAGACUGACCCAUCCGUCGUAACAUCACCCCCCCACCCCCUUCCCCUGCUCAAUCAGACGAAUUCAUCCGUGGUUUCGCCGUCUUCGACAAGGACGGCACAGGGUACAUCGGCCAAGGCGAACUCAAAUACGUGCUCACCUCGUUGGGGGAGAAGUUGUCCGACGACGAGGUCGACGAGCUGUUGAGCGGGGUGCCUGUGACGAGGUCAGUACUCUCGGAAGAGAAGAGAGCAUCCGGCAGGUGGGGUGAGAUAGGGUAAAUGCUCAGUUCUUUUCUCAUGUACGAUGUCACACGUAGCGAGGGAACGAUCAACUAUGUCCAGUUCGUUCGACAAAUUUUGGCUCAGGUAUGUCGCCAGCUUCGAAGCUCCAACUCCUUGGGCCGACAAAAACUUAUAGCUGGACCCCUAACCCUCUCUCGCCGGCAGUAA